AUGUCGACAAAAUACUUCCCAAUUGGCCUCAAUCCUAGAAUACAGCGAAUGAGACGGAACUUCGAAUCGUUGGCAGUCAAAGAAAUACACCGCUUCCACACAUAUGCUGUCUUCGGAAACACAAAGACAGAUGAUGAUGUAAAGGAUGUGUACGGAAACACAAAGACAGAUGAUGAUGUAAAGGAUGUGUAUGGAAACACAAAGACAGAUGGUGAUGUAAAUGAUGUGUACGGAAACACAAAGACAGAUGAUGAUGCAAAGGAUGUGUACGGAAACACAAAGACAGAUGAUGAUGUAAAGGAUGCGUAUGGAAACACAAAGACAGAUGAUGAUGUGAAGGAUGUGUACGGCAACACAAAGACAGAUGAUGACGAUGUGUACGGAAACGCAAAGACAGAUGAUGAUGUAAAGGAUGUGUUCGGAAACGCAAAGACAGAUGAUGAUGUAAAGGAUGUGUACGGAAACAAAAAGACAGAUGAUGAUGUAAAGGAUGUGUACAGAAACACAAAGACAGAUGAUGUUGUGAAGGAUGUGUACGGAAACGCAAAGACAGAUGAUGAUGUAAAGGAUGUGUACGGAAACACAAAGACAGACGAUAACGUAAAGGAUGUGUACGGAAACACAAAGACAGAUGAUGAUGUAAAGGAUGUGUAUGGAAACACAAAGACAGCUGAUGAUGUAAAGGAUGU